AUGUCAGUAUAUGAUAAAAUUAAAGAACGAGCUAAAGAAUACAAUUUUUCGGCAGAAGAAAUUGAAAUUCUUAAUCGUGCCAAGUCAAAAUUUUCUAUGCAUAUGAGAAUAGGUUCUUUGGCUGGUUUAGUCAUUGGUGGAGCUAUUGCCAAAGUCCAAAAAAUUAGAACUUUUGGUACUAUUUGGUUAUGCUUUGGUACUACUUUGUUUGGUAGUCAGGCAGGAAUGGUGACGGGGUCGAUAGCGAGUAUUAAAUUGAUAAGAUCAUCAAAUUCACAACGCAUUAUGGAAUUUAUAAGUGAAAUGCAACAGCAAGUUCAUCCGAAUCGUCCGUUACCUACUCCAAAUAAACCUCCGAAUCAACCUCCGAAUUCCGAAGAUUAUAGAUUUGAAAAUGGAGAUCAAACUACUUUAUCUGAUGAGUUUGAAAAAGAGAACAAAACCCAAUAUUCGUUCCAUCAAAGAACAUAUGAUGAUUCUGGAAAUUCCGUGACAGUAACAGAUGAGAUGGUUAGUGACAUUAAUGCAAAUGAAAGUGAUUAUAAUUAUGGUCAAUCGCAAAAGCCAUCUCACAAAUCUUCGUGGCCACCGCAAGACAAUAAUUCCUGGAAUAGAAAUCGAACACAGAACACGACUUCAACUACUUGGGAUAAAAUCCGUGCAAAUGCUAAAGUUGGGCAACAAAAACAAAAUAAUGAUAAUCUAUAUGGAUCGCAACAAAAGUCCAUUGGUAAAGAUGAUGGAGAUAGGCCUAUGAUGGAUUUACCAAGAACCAGAGAAGAAUUUGAUGAAUUGCGUCGUGGUGGUAAAAUUAGAACCAACCAAUUUGGGGAUACAGAAAUUCGAUAUGACGAAUGA